AUGGCGCAGAAAGGAGUUCAGCUGGACCGGGAGAGCUUCUCUUGUUCGAUCUGUCUGGAUCUACUGAAGGAUCCGGUGACUCUUUCCUGUGGACACAGCUACUGCAUGAACUGUAUUAACAGCCACUGGGAUGCAGAGGAUCAGAAACUGGUCUACAGCUGCCUUCAGUGCACGAAGACCUUCAAACCAAGGCCCAAACUGGAGAAAAGCACCAUGUUAGCAGAAUUAGUGGAGCAGCUAAAGAAGACUGGCCUCCAAGCUGCUCCUGCUGACCACUGCUAUGCUGGACCUGAAGAUGUGGCCUGUGAUUUCUGCAGCGGGAGAAAACUGAAAGCCUUCAAGUCCUGUCUGCAAUGUCUGGCCUCGUACUGUGAGCAACACCUCCAGCCUCAUUACGAAUCACAGAGAUUUAAGAAACACAAGCUGGUGGAGCCCUCUGAGAAGCUGCAGGAGAACAUCUGCUCUCGUCACGAUGAGAUGAUGAAGAUGUUCUGCCGGACCGAUCAGCAGUCUAUCUGUUAUCUCUGCUCUGUGGAGGAACAUAAAGGCCACGACAUUGUCUCAGCUUCAGCAGAAAGGAGUGAGAGCCACUGCUUUGACCACAUGACAGCCGACAUGUCACGAGUCAGAGACAAACUGCAGGACGUUGUGAGAGACAAAUUGACAGAUCUCUCAUUGACUGAAGUGGAUGUUUUACUGCCGGAAGCAGAGCUGAGGACCAGAGCUGAGUUCUUACAGUAUUCAUGUGAAAUUACUCUGCAUCCAAACACAGUAAAUACAAAGCUGUUAUUAUCUGAGGGGAACAGGAAAGUUACAUAUACAAGUCAAAAACAGUCUUAUUCUGAUCAUCCAGACAGAUUCACUGAUAUGUUGCAAGUCCUGAGUAGAGAGAGUCUGACUAGAAGUUGUUACUGGGAGGUGGAGUGGAGCGGGAGAGGAGUAACUGUAGCAGUCUCUUACGAGAACAUCCGCAGAGCAGGGGGGUCAAAGGACUGUGUGUUUGGAUUUAAUGACAAAUCUUGGGCGUUAGAAUGUACUAAUAACGGUUAUAACUUUCGGUACAACAAAGUCACAACUCCCAUCUCAGGUCCUCGGUCCUCCAGAGUGGGAGUGUACGUGGAUCACAGUGCAGGUAUUCUGUCCUUCUACAGCGUCUCUGAAACCAUGACCCUCCUCCACAGAGUCCAGACCACGUUCACUCAGCCGCUCCACGCUGGAGUUUAUAUUUGUUAUGCAGCCUCUGCUGAGUUCUGUAAACUCAAAUAAUCAGAAGUGAUGUAAAGAGCAGC